AUCCACUUCUCCUGAGGCGUCCACAGAUCUUGAAUUACCUGUCGUCUUGCUCCAGAGCACUCACCAGCAGAGAUGUCCUGCCAGCAAAGCCAACAGCAGUGCCAGCCUCCUCCCAAGUGCACCCCCAAGUGCCCUCCCAAGUGCCAGACCCCGAAGUGCCCUCCAAAAUGCCCCCCUAAGUGUCCUCCCAAAUGCCCCCCUGUGUCUUCCUGCUGUAGCCUGGGUUCUGGGGGCUGCUGUGGCUCCAGCUCUGGUGGUUGCUGCAGCUCUGGUGGCUGCUGCAGUUCUGGAGGCUGCUGCAGCUCUGGGGGUGGAGGCUGCUGCCUGAGCCACCACAGGCCUCACAGAUCUCUUCGUCGCCAUCGCCACAGCUCUGGAUGCUGUAGCAGUGGUGGCAGCAGUGGCUGCUGUGGCAGCAGUGGUGGCAGCAGUGGCUGCUGUGGCAGUAGCCAACAGUCUGGGGACUGCUGCUGAUCUCAAUGAGAAAGAAUCUAGAAAAGUGGUGCAGAAAGAACACAUUCUCAGAAGACUCAGCCACGCUGCUCUUUGGUCUCCUACUUCCCUCCUUGUCCUGCCCCUUGAGAUGCUGAAAUCUUCAGGGAAAGUUUCUGCAUUCUACUUCAGAGAUGACAAUGCCUCUUUGCAUCUUUGUUACAAAUUAAAAAAGUCUUGAAAAGC